CCUGUUCACAAGGCAGCCGAACAAGGGGACAUCUCGAAACUCACCUCCCUUGUACACUCUGCCGAGAACAUCGACGAUUAUGACAUGUAUGGUGUCUGUACACCACUUCAUCUUGCCAUACAAGGCGAUCAUGCUGAGGCCGUCAAAAUACUUCUUGAAGCUGGGGCAGAUCCGGAGAAACUAGAUUACUCAGACACUGCACUUGAUCCUCCACACCCCGCUGUUGACCUUGUAGCCUGGAUUACUAUCAAAACCAUGGUAGAUGCUGGAGCUAGCUUCGAAGUAACGAACCAGAGCUUGCGCACACCACUCCACCUUGCUCAAACGCGAGCAAUUGCCGACUUUCUCUGCAGCCUGGGAGCAAAUACCUCGGCAAAAGACGACCAGGGACAGAUGCCUCUCCACACAGCAUGUCAUAAAGUGCUUGCAGAUGUGGUAGAUCUCCUGAUCUCUCGCAAUCCAAGCGUGAAUGAAAUUGCCACAAAGGACCAAUUCACACCGCUCCACUUUGCGACUUGCGGAAGACACGGUCUGACUUCACAUAUCUAUGUACCAGAAGAGUCAUGGAACAGGGAAACAUCAAUCUGUCGACUCCAAACGGUUCAGGUUCUACUCAAAAACGGUGCAAACAUCCAAGCAGCAACAUCCGAUGGGCUCACAGCGCUGCAUGGAGCAGCACACAAGGGCGACAUCAAUCUAACCCGCUUUCUGCUUGAGCAGGGCGCAAAUGUCAAUGCUCCUACAGUAGCAGGAGAAACUGCGCUGCACACAGUAAUGGCCAUCGAUGCUUUCCAGGCACCCACGGAGUCCCAGAUAUCAGCCAUGGCGACUCUUUUGCUGGAAUACGGCGCCAACCUUGAGACCAAAGAUGGAACAGGUGCGACACCGCUG